ACGAGAAUCAACAGAAGUAAUAAGCGAUUCUACCUAGUAUACUCGGUAGUGAUCUACUAAGGGAAGCGGUUGUGGAAGCGGUAAAUGGACUACCCAGUGGCCGCAAUAGUCCACUGUGCAUUACAAGUCCUUAGCAUUGGUCUUACAAACUCUUUUCUUUUUGCCCCUCUUUUGGUAUCUGGGGCAAGUCUACGAUAUGGAUUUCUCUCUAAGCUUGAAUCUACCCCUCUUUUCUUAGAAAUGAUAUCUUUUGCCUAUUUAGUUCUAGAAGGCAGAUUGAUACUCACUCUAUUAAUUGUGGAGUUGAUACAUAUGGAGGUGGGGGUGGAAUCAUCCUCUUAUUGGAAGGCAAAGAAAGCUUACUAUGGCCUAGACAGGUGUUGUAACCAAGGAAGGUUGCUGGGCCCACUAUGAGUUUGGUGAUUUCAGCAGUGCUAUAUCAUGUACUUUGAUUCACUGGAUGAACCCAACUUACUAAUGCUUGGUAAAGCAUGACGGAUUGCUUACCUCCCCACUUGAAUUAUAUUGAUUGGUGACUUUUUUCAUCUCUUCUCUCAUGACGUUGUUGACAAGUUCUUGAUGUCAUUCAUGGCUGGUUCUAUAAAUGGCGUUUGUAUCAAAUAGUACCAGCUUUGUCACCAUCCUGCCAUAACUCCUUUAUGCCCAGUAAGUUUUGACCUCAAAUUUCAGAUACAUCGCUGUAUCCGUUCCAUAUAGGAGUAUCAUGGAGUCUGUCAAUAGAGCCGCUUGGAGCUUGGAGCCAAAGGGAGACUUGAAACCUUCCGCCGCACCUUAUUCACCCCCCUCGGGGAAUGAACUUGUGAUCAAGAACUAUGCUGUCGCGAUACAACCCUUGGACGCCAAUAUCCGUGGCCGUGCCUAUCUCGACCUCCCUUACCCUUUCAUCUUGGGCAAUGGCGUAGCAGGUGUGGUUGAGGAGGUUGGGUCCUCCGUUACUAAAUUUAAAAAGGGCGACCGUGUCGUCUCCGACACUCCCGCAUAUCACCAGAAGAUAGCCAAAUAUGGCGGCUGGCAGAAGUAUGUUGUGAGUACGGAAGCAACAACAUCCAAGAUCCCAGCUGCAACGACAUUUGAGGAUGCUGCCGCGAUUCCUUUUGCUCUCCUGACGGCCGUGGCAGCUCUGAACCUGAGACUUGGCAUGGAAAGGCCUGGCAGCCAUCAAGAGGGGAGGGUUCUGAUCUGGAGCGCGAGCGGCUCCGUUGGGGGAUACGCCGUUCAAUAUGCCUCUAGCGUUGGGUAUGAUGUUGUAGCAACGGCCUCACCGGGAAAGUUCGACUACGUACGUAGCCUUGGCGCAACCGAAGUGGUCGAUUAUAGAGAUGAACAGGCUGUCUCGAAAUUAAAAGCCCUUGGACCUUACAAGUUUGUCAUGACGGCAUCUGGCGACGUGGCUGGUGCACAUGCAAUCAGUGAGAUCCUUCAACCAGGGGGUGGGGUGUUUGUGUCGACGCGCCCGCGGAGCGAGGAGAUGCAGCUGGCGGAGAACGUCGAACUUCUUUAUGAUUACUACAGCAUGGCCACUCAGAAACCCGAAAAUGCGGCUUUCUCCAAAUGGUGGUAUGAGGAAUAUCUUCCCGUCGCCCUCGCCGGGGGAGUGACUCCGACUCCUCUGGAAAAGCGGGUUGGUGGGUUGUCUGGCAUCCAGAAUGCCUGUGAAGAUAUAAUCAACGGACGGAGCCCGAAGAAGCUGGUUUUGAACCCUCAGGAGGAUGGGAAAUAAUGAUGUAACCACCUUGCGUUGGUUAAUUCUCUGGAGUUUUUCUUUUUACCCUUUUUCUUCCUUUUUGUUGGGCGGGAUUCCUGUCCUUCGCCCUUGGUGAGAUACUAUGCCGUUUCUCAAAAUGCCUUUGACUUGUGGGGGAUUCAAUUGUGGGUAUACUUUGACGCUACAUUUGGUCUACAAAUGCUGAAAUCAAGUACUCGCUUUAUUUCCAUGCGUCUUCUGCCUGUUUUGGCCCGAGGAAGAGCAUUCCAGUUCAAUGCAUAUGAUAUUCCUCCAUAUCUCGCCAAUGGAAUCAUAAUCUGGAGGUGAUAGUUCAUAGUACAAAAGCUCCGGAUACCAUAGUCUCCUUGCGACACGUGUAACAGUAACCAAAGGAAUUAGGGCUCGGGUAGAAGCUGAUAGUGAUAAAAAAAUGGUCCGCCGUGGUAGUUAUUCAAUCAAGAACUCCCUGAUCCAGUCUUUAUAGGAUAUAACAAAAGAAUCAAUCUCUAAAGACAGGCCACCUGGUAAGACCAAUACACGACGCAUCGAUUUUCCGAGCUUUCCAAUAGUCGUCACCGGCCAUCGGCUACCCACGGAGGGGAUGGCUGUCGGUCCUCGCGCUCUCAAGA